UACGUCACCAUCUCCCGUGCAUAUGCAGUACUGAUUAGCAUUACACGUACGUCUUAUCAUUACCUGUUGCACCGCAUUAACUGUGUUCAGCACUUGGCUCGAUAGUCAAGACAGGUACGAGCAGUACACAUACGAUCAGCAUUACACUGUUGCGAUAACACUGAGCUUUGAAGUUCUGAUCCGCUGGAUGUUUUGGCAGAUAACUUUAGUCGAGAGGUUAUGAUCGCACAACUCUGGAAUUUCUUAUGAUUACUGGUUUUGACUAAUAAAAGCGUAACGGAAGUUGAGCGGUGUUUCUCCCGUAGAUCUUCAUAGAAAAUCGUUCUUCUUCCUAGCCUGCCCCGUGGCAUGGCUAUCAUGGUAGCAGAUACUAAGAUCCGCCAAAUCUGAGCAUAAUUUCAUAUUGGAAGCAAUAUCUCAUCUUUGUCGGAAGUUGGUGUGGUGGACGCUGAUUCUCCAAAGCAGUAUCGUCGUGAACUUUCAUUUUGCAGUGUUUUGGUUUUCGUGGACUACGGGCGGUGAGCCACGGUGCGCGAAACCCGUGCAGUUUGGACGUGGGGUGUUGUUGCGGUGAGACACGGUUCCCGAAACUCCGUGCAGCAAGGAUUGUGAAUCGUCGAAGCAUUAUGGCAGACCAGCAGUGUCCGAACUGUGCCCGCACAGGACGCCUGUGUGUGACGUGCAUUCUCAAGCAGGCGCCGAACGUACAGCAGCGCGUCUUUAUGCUGCACCUGGAAGCACUGCUGGGAAAUUACCAGGCAUUCCAGUGUCUUUUGUUGCGCGCCCACUGGGAGCAUGUCGUCGUCAACCGUGACUACUACGAACAAAUUCGUGUCGCAGUCGAUCAUUUCCGCAGUACGAAGGAUGGCUGGAGCAAGGCACAGCAUGUACCGACAUGGGACGAGAUGAAAGCGCAGGAGCAGCAGCAUCACCAGCUCAUGUCGCAAGCACGCCAGCAGUUGAACGCUGAAGAGCAGCCUCCCGUCCAGCAUGAUCAGUCUGCCGUAGCAAUGCCAGCCGCAGUAGCUCAACAGCAGUGGAAUACCGUUGGCCGUCAGCCGUUUGGAGCACGCCACUUUCCUGAUCGCUCAACGGUGCCUCAGAAUCCGCAGCAGCGCCGAGCCGAUGCACCGGCAGCACAGCCACGCCAGUACAGCACUCGUAUGCCUAAUUUGCCUGCUGCAGAUGAGCGCGCCGACCGCAUUCUGUUGACUUUGGGUUUUGACAAGCAUGAGCAGCGUAAACUGAUGAAAGGCAUGUUAACCCGUACGAUGAGCACACUGGACCGCUUUUUGGCGAAUUCCGGUUUACUGGAAGAGAUGCAAGCAGAAAAGUAUAACUACCGUGAUGAUCGCCCGAAGAAGGAAGAACGCGAUAUCCGGUACGGUUAUCUUCGCAGCAAUGGCAUGCCCUCAGCAUUACAUCCUGAGAAUUUCGAACACAGCAUUCUGACUAUCGAUAUUGAAGCAUUGAGUCAGCUUGUGUACCAUCCGCGUAAAAGCAUGAUCCCGUAUUUGUUCAACUUCGUCAGUCCGGAUGCGAACGGUGCAAACCUGUUGUACGCCGGUCGUGUAGCAAUAUUCACCGAUGAGAUGUUAGUUAUGAUGAAGGAAGAGCAAGAUUUCCGCAGCAUGGACCGCCGUAAGCAGCAGAUUAUGGUGAAUUAUGUCCGUCUGUAUUUUGGUGCAUUGCUGGGACAUCACGGAUGUCAUAAGCAGUUGGCCGACGCUCCGCAUGAAGACAGCGCUUUCUUUCACGAAGCAAUAGUGAAUCUGGGUCCUACGUUGAAUGUGCAAGACAAGAUUGACCGCAUUCGUCAUGCAAUGGAAAUUGGUUUAGAGAAAGUUGCUGGAAAGCCAGUUGAGCAGUUGGUAGCAAAUCCGCAUGAUGCCGUAGAAAACGUCCUCACUCAGCUGCAGAAGUUGAAGGAUAAGUACGAGCCGCAAGGCGGACAACAGCAGCAAGUCGCACAACAUCAGCCGCAGCACCAGCCAGUGUUCAACUUGAACCCGCAAGGAAACGCUGCACAGUUGCAAGGUAUCGUCCCGGCAGGUGAGAAUGCCGCAAUGGACGAAGUCGAAGACUCGAGUAAAUCAGAUGAUCAGAGCAGUAGUAAUAGCAAUAUCAAUGGCAAUUCGCAUGAUAACAGUAAAUUAAGUGCAGUUGUUUCUGAACAGGUGGCGGAUAGUGUGGCGCAGUUGAAUUUCUCCGCAGAAACUAUGGAGCAUUCGGGAAAAGAGCAGUAGUUUGAAUAGCAUGUACUGAAUUACUAAGCAAUAUUUAUUUUGUAAAUUAGCAAUAUUUUUCUGUAAGCAAUAUUUCUUUUGAAUUCCGCAAUAGACUUGAUUUGUCAGCAUUUCUCUUCGAUGGAUGGUAGACUGGCAGCCUCAUAGGCGCAGUCCGGAUGUGGAUCGCGAAUUGACACGCAGCCUCAUAGGCGGUGUCGAAAUGAGUGGACAUUUAACGGUGGAAUGGAUUUUUGAUAAUUUUUGUGUUCCUGUUUAACCAAAGUACUAACAGAUCUCGAUGGAUAUUUCUUCAGUUUAUUGAGCUUAACUCAUGAUUUCAUUUUAUUUUCAUUAAACAGCCGAUCAGUGACUGGUAAGUUGUGUGAGCGACAGUGUAACAUUGGAUUUUGAAGCAGUAAAAUUUUUCAGACGCAG